AUGGCAGAAAUUGUUAAAUUUAUAACUUGUGUUUUUGUGUUAUUUUUUCAAAAUGAUUGGAGUUUUGAUCGAUUAUUGAGAGUUUUGAAUGCUGAUGUUUUUAAUAGAUUAAAUGAAACGACUAAAAUUGGUGUGCCUGCAUUGCUUUAUGUUAUACAAAAUAAUUUAUUAUUUCUUUCACUUUCAAAAUUAGAUGCGGCAACAUAUCAAGUCACUUAUCAACUCAAAAUCCUCACAACAGCCUUCUUUUCUGUUACAUUGCUCAAUAAAAAAUUAAAUAUUUUAAAGUGGAUUGCUUUACUUUUGUUAACUGGAGGGGUAGCUCUUGUACAGCUUCCAAAAAAUUCUUCAAAACCCAAUAUUACUUACGACCACAAUUCCAGCGACAGAUUAAUUGGACUUUUUGCAAUUUUAGCCGCUUGUUUUUCUAGUGGAUUUGCUGGGGUUUAUUUGGAAAGAAUUUUAAAAACUGCUUCGGUUCAACUUUGGACUCAAAAUUUGUUACUUUCUUUCUUCAGUAUUUUUGGGGCUUUUGCAAUGACUUGGAUUUAUGAUUGGGAACAAGUAAAAUUGUGGGGGUUUUUUCAUGGAUAUAAUACAACUAUUUGGAUUGUUGUAGCUUUACAGGCUUAUGGAGGUCUAGUAAUUGCUUUAGUAGUUAAAUAUGCGGAUAAUAUACUCAAAGGAUUUGCUGUUUCUUUAUCUAUUUUGUUGAGCAGUUUUAUUUCUUGGGGGUUACUUAAUGACUUUGAACCUUCGUUUACAUUUGUUUUGGGUGCUUCGAUUGUGAUACUUUCUACUUUUCUUUAUGGUUUCGAACCUCAACGACAACAACAUAAAAUAAUAACGCCCUCACCUUCAGAAAUUAAAUUACAAAUAAGUAAAAGUUUAAAUUAA